AUGCCGCAACUCGCGCUGGGACUAUCUCUUGCUGCAGCACAUUCGCUGCUUGCGAGCCAGAUCACGCCUCAACUCGCGUGGAAACUGUCUUAUCCUACAGACACAUCCUGCUCCCAAAUCACAUUGCGCCGCAACUCGAGCAAGAACCUUCUCAUACAAGAUUCACUUCCUACCUCCUACUUCGAAUUCACAACACCAUGCCGCAAGUUGCGCGAGAACUGUCUCUUGCUGCAGAAACUCUGCUUGCAAAUCACAUCACGCCCCGACUCGCGUGAGAGCUGUUUCAUCCUGCGGACACUUCCUGCUUGCGAAUUACACCAAGCCGUAACUCGCGUUGGAAGUACUUCAAGUACUUCAAGUACUAUGUUCUUCAAGUACUUCUUGCUGGGUGCCUCGGGCUCGCUCGCCUCAACUUUUGGGGACUUCCACACUCCCAGCCAGGGUAGUGCUAUGAAGUUCUUGAACGCCGGUUCGACUGCUGAAGGUUCUUCGACAAAGCAGACACGCUUUGUCUGCUUCGAUCUCAUCCCUGAGCAAUGGACCCAAGACUCUGCUGAGGGCUGUGUGCUCAACAGAGCCCUUGAAUACACUGGUCUGAUCGGAUUGAUCGACACUGCUGUGGGUUCUCCCAGUGAGGUUCCCGGCUUCACUCUGUUCGAGACUGUUCUUACCACUGUCGCAUUCAACUUCAUCAGCCAUCAUGAGUACUUCGGUGCUGACCACACCAAGGUCCGCACCAUGUCUCAUCUGCCCACCAAGAUGGAGCGUCAGGAUAGCGGUAUCCCCGCUGACAACCGCAAGACUCUCCAGAGCGCUACCUUUCAGCCAACUGGCUUGAUUGGUCUCCUCGACCUGAUGGUGUCGCCCUCGAAUGGAACUCAACCCUCAACACAUUCAGCCGAACACAACCCAUGGACCUUCGGAUCUGCAAUGAUCGCUGCCGACUUUGGCGAAUGCUUUGAUUACGACAUGUUCAUUCGAUGCCUCGGGUCCCUACGUGCAAGCGCUUCGGAUACAUGA